AUGAAACAGAAGCGCAGAAUGCAAGGCCUUGACAGCGACCCAGCCCUAAUAUGCCAAGCAGAAGGUAGACACUGUGUAAGUGUGGGCGGUAGGCGGGCAGGUUUGGAGAUCGCUCAUGGCGUGUAUAUGCAACGUCUCUCCUUGACAAUGGCCGCCCUCAAUGGCUCGCCUCUCGCUCGCUCGCCCUCGUUCGCUCGCCCUCGCUCGCCCGCCUUCGUCGCCUUCGUCUCUCGCUUUGGCUCAAGCUGGGCUCUUGGGACCUUUGAUUACGUGGAAAUUCCUCAGGAAUUCGCCACAUUGACGAAGGAACUGAACGGGGCGCGCGAACAGCUGCUGGAACGGGACGAGGAGAUCACAGAGCUGAAGGCGGAGAGGAACAACACAAGGCUGUUGUUGGAGCACCUAGAAUGCCUGGUGUCGCGGCACGAGCGGUCGCUGCGCAUGACGGUGGUGAAGCGGCAGGCGGCGUCGCAGUCGGGGGUGUCGUCGGAGGUGGAGGUGCUGAAGGCGCUCAAGUCCCUGUUCGAGCACCACAAGGCCCUCGACGAGAAGGUCCGCGAGAGACUGCGUGUAUCCCUCGAGCGUGUAGCUUCUCUGGAGGAGGACCUCAACCACACCAAAGAUGAGCUGAACCAGUACAAGUUAGGGAAGCUGCCUGGAGACGGUGCAGAAAGUGUGCGCGUGAAUGGCGAGGCAGAGACCAAGGACGGAGGGAGUGGUGUCAGCGGCGUUGAUGGCAGUGGUGGCAGCGGCACCACAUCCCUCAACAGUGACACUACAGCAGAGUUGAAUGCCGCCAGAGAGAGGGUGCGGGAGCUCCAGAACCGCCUUCAGGAGCUGGAGGAGAACCUGACAAUAACUCAGAAGGAACUCGUGAAGGCGCAAGAGAUUAAUGCACGACUACAAAGAGAUCUCAAGGAAAAUGUUGCACAGAAGGAGGACCAAGAGGAACGUAUUGCCACGUUAGAGAAACGGUACCUUAAUGCUCAAAGAGAGUCCACGUCUUUACAUGACCUUAAUGAGAAGCUAGAAGAAGAACUAAAGAACAAAGAGGCCCAGUAUAAACUUCAAGAAGACAAGAUCAGAGCCUUGCAAGAGAAGGUGGAACUGAGUGAACAGAAACUGGCACAGUAUGCCAAGUUACCGGACGUUGAACAAGAAUUGAAGCAACGCAUGGAGGCCCUUCACCAGAAGUCCCUUUCGCCACAGGUACAGGAGAAGCACGGGAGUGCUGAGGACCGCAUUCAGCGCCUGGAGAACCAGCUCGAUGAGAAAGGUGGGGAGCUGCACCGCUUGAACCAGCGCCUCAAGAUGAAUGAGGAGCACAAUGCAAGAUUGUCUGCCACAGUUGACAAGCUGCUGCAGGAAUCAAAUGAAAGGCUGCAAGUCCACUUAAAAGAGAGGAUGCAUGCCCUGGAGGAGAAGAAUGCACUCACAGCUGAACUGGAGAGAACAAGAAAGAUCCUGGAGGACUCUGCUCAAGAAAAGAAUGAAAUAUUGAAAGAAUUAGCAAGACGGCAACUUGAAGCAGAACAACUGAAGCAACAAAUAUUGCAGCAAGAGAUAGCCUUCAAUAUUAAACAAACUGAAGCAUUAACAAGGUCCCUAUCGCCAACGGGAGGGGAGUUCGUGCGCAGUGCGUCCCACUCCAGCUUCGAUUCCAGAUCACUCCCACGACGUGCUCCUUCUGCUCCACCCUCACAGAAACGAGGACUGGACGAGGAGAAUGCGCAGGGCGGUGGAGGAUGGGAGCUGGGGGGGAGCCACCUCCAGCAGCCGUUCACCGGGGAAGGCGGAGAGCUGUCAGAUGGCGAGGGCGAGGAUGCUGAGUCCAUCUUCUCCCACAUAGAUAUGCUCUCUCCAUCACACCACACAGAUGCUCAGACUCUGGCUUUAAUGCUCCAGGAACAGCUAGAUGCUAUCAACAAUGAGAUAAGCGACCUUAUGGGGGGGACAGGAACCACAGUGGGGGGGACUGAGGCUUAUUGGGGAAUGAUGUCUCCCCAUCCUCCCCCAUCGUGGGAAACCCUGCCUGAUCAACAAAGCAGGUUAAUUCAGGAAGAGAAGCAGACUACAGAGGCGCGGGCAGAGGAACUGGAGUCGCGCGUGGGCAGCGUGGAACACAUGAUGCUCCGCGGUCGGUCCCUGGAGCGCCCGUCACCGCCCAUAUCCGGCCGCUCGACCCCCAAGUCACACCACUCGCCCUCGCGUGACUAUCUGCAGAAAUAUCACACGGCCCCGGCUGGCAUGUCUCCUUCCCAUAUGUACCAGUACAUGAAUGACCGCCGUCUGUCAGGGGGAUCUCUGCCCGGCUCCCAGGGUAACCUAGCCAACAUGAACCGAGUUGAUGGCCGAGAUGACAGCCAAGUGUCACUGGGCAUGCGAGGGGAAGGCUCUCCGCCAACUCCUCGUUCGCUGCGCCUGAUGCCCGGCCCAGCCAUGGUGCCCCCUACGAGCCUGGUACCUGGAGGUGGUAGUGUGGGAGGACCAAGCGGUGGGCUGCCGUCCCAGCUGGCGAGCCUUACCGCGUCCUCCGAAGACCUGAGGAGGUACACCCACGUGCCUGACCACUCACCUGCCUCUGCUCUCACGCCUGGCCUCCAACAUCACCCCUACUCACCAGGACCCAGUGUUGUCACCCCUGGUCAGCCCUACUACCCUUCAAACUGCAGCCUUCUCUCCAGCCCCAUGCUCAGAGGUGGUGGGGGCGAGUCCUCCCUCUCUACACCAUCCCCCCUCUCUUCCCACCACAGCAGCCAGGAUUCACUGCACAAGAGCGUGAUCAACCAGCCCAAGAAGAAGGGGAUCAAGUCGUCGCUGGGAAGGUUCUUCAGUAAAAAGGACAAGCAGGUGAAGGUGAAGGAGGCACUUCAACAGCACCACAGUCCAGGAGGGCUGAGUUCUUCCGGGAUCUACAGCGACGGGGACAUUGGGUCAUCUGAUUCUCUGUCUCUGGCGGGACUCGGUCAGAAGAGUGAUUACGAUAGACGUAACAAGAAGAAUUUGCCGGGCUAUAGACAUGAAUUGCUGGCAGAGGCAAUGAAAGCAGGAACACCAUUUGCACUAUGGAAUGGUCCUACCAUUGUUGCAUGGCUGGAGCUGUGGGUGGGCAUGCCAGCUUGGUAUGUGGCAGCUUGCAGGGCAAACGUCAAAUCUGGUGCCAUCAUGUCUGCCUUGAGUGAUGCAGAGAUCCAGCGGGAGAUUGGCAUUUCAAAUCCCCUGCACCGCCUCAAGCUGCGUCUGGCCAUUCAGGAGAUGGUUUCCUUAACGUCUCCAUCAGCACCAAAGACUUCACGUACGACUCUAGCGUUUGGCGACAUGAACCACGAGUGGGUCGGAAACGAAUGGCUCCCAGCUCUAGGUUUGCCUCAGUAUAGGACAACGUUCAUGGAGUGCUUAGUGGAUGCCCGGAUGCUCGACCACCUCACCAAAAAGGAUCUACGAGGGCAGCUGAAGAUGGUCGACUCUUUCCAUAGAACAUCACUACAGUAUGGAAUUACAGCAUUGAAAAAGAUAAAUUAUGAUCGUGUUGCUUUAGAAGAACGAAGACGAAAUUGUGAAGAGGAAAAUAAGGAUGUGUUGGUGUGGACUAAUGAACGUGUUAUUAAGUGGAUUAAUGACAUUGGUCUAAAGGAAUAUGCCAACAAUCUCAUAGAAUCUGGAGUACAUGGCUCUUUAGUAGCACUUGACGAAAGCUUCGACUAUAAUGCCUUGGCUUUAGCUCUUCAGAUUCCCACUCAAAAUGUUCAGGCAAGACAGCUUCUAGAGCAAGAAUUCCGCACCCUCCUUUCCACUGGGACGGACCGAGCUGACAUUAAUAAAUCUUGAUAUGAAGCCCCCGCUGCUAAGGAUGCUGAAGCUAGGCUUGUUUAAUGAAUCCAAAGAAGAGCAACAGUAUAAGCGGUGACAACAUGACCAGUGAUGAUCUUCGGUUCAUUCACGAAGAGUCAGGCUUCGACUAAACCCAAUCGUGUUGCCAGCUGCCUGUGUGACACUGAUGUGCAACAGUGAUGAUUCUAUGUGGUUCUAAGUAAAGUAAAAUGUCUUUAAAACGUAAUGAGUAAAUCAGUAAAAAAUGGGGUUUUACGAGGAUGGCCAUGAGUAAAACAGAUUGGGUUUCUUGCCUGCAGAUCACUUGAUUCAUCAUGGAACUACCUGUCAUCUGCCUUGUUAUUUAUAUUCACCAGAUGUUGUGCUGCAGUCUUAGCUGCGGAUUUCACUUUCUGAUGAUGUAAAGGUGAUUGUUGUUAUAAAUUUGAAUGAAAUUUUUUUGGUGCAUUAGCAAAUGUAUAUGCUAUAGUAGAGACAGUGCUAAAAAUGGAUCACCUUACCAGAAACUCUAGUCGACAGUGGCUAUGGAUCAGCGAACAAGUCUGUGGUGCGAUGUAUUCUGUUGAGCUGACGCUUAUGAUUAGGCUUAGCCAAGCAAUAGUACGCUUGGAAUAGCAUGGAUAAAAUUACCUGGUACUGUGCAGGGCUGUGAGUCGGGAUACGUUCAUAGUGCAGCUGAAGGCAUGUGACUAAAAAAAAAAACGGAGAGUCGUCGUAACAGUAAUGGCUAAAGAUGUGGACAGUGAUAUGUAUUAUACGUGUAAAUUUUGACUAGACACUGCCUGGCACAAUAUGAGGUUUAUGGAUUAGAUUAACUGGUGUACAGCCAUGCUUGGAAGAAGGUCAGCCUAGGAAGAAGAGGUAAUGCUAUCACAUUAUGUGCUUAUGAAUACCCGGGGUUAGAUGUUGCUGUGUGUGAUCUAGGUGAUGACAGCAAUCGCUAUGCCACUGUUGUUGGGUGUAUGGAAUACAUGCUUGUAUACAUACAGGCAUCAUUAAGAUUAGAUGCAUAAGUGAUACAGCUCUGUAAUUAAAAAAAGUAAACAUUAUUUAUUAAAGCUGUUCAAAGAUAAGGAAUCAUUUCAAGCAGUCAGUUUUAUGUCAGUGUUAUGUACCAGUCAGUAUAAAGGAGUGAGUGAGAAUUAUCUGGUCCUUCUGGAAAGUUAGCUACAUAGGCUGCCCAUUUUUUUCAGUGAUUAAAAGUCUAGUAUUGUACAGAUUUGUGCUAUAGACAACACAGUGUCUCAAAUUUACUCCAAAAAAUUUAUCGACAAUAUGGUAAUGUUUGUUUUUGCUGCUUUGUUAGUGUGACUGAAACUGCCAAAUCAGGUACAAGAGUGUUUUUAAAGUUACGAGUACUGUGUGCUGGUCAUAGGGCAGCUCCAGUCAACCACAGGAAUACAAUGUAUAUCUGGUGCAGUGUCUGUGUACGCACAUAUGAUUUAUAUGUAACUGUCUGUGUAUUGCCAUCAUUGUUGAAUCACAAUGUUCUGGUUUUAAUUAUAUUGACCUUGAUGUAAGAAGCAUUGGAGACUUCCAAGUGAAGGAGCAGAGCAGGGUUAUGGCUAGUUAGGAAUGUGCUUCAACUUUUGAAGACAAAAACCAUCUUCCAUACUUUACAUGCCAAACUUGUCUUUGUAAUUAAUAUGUGUAAAAAGCCUACUCAUUAUCAAUUGAGACCUUUGGCAAACAGUGUUGGUUUGUAUUAAUGUUAUGUUUGGUAACUGGCCAGGUUUGUACUGAGAACUAUGAAGUGUACUUCCUGUUAUCAAGGAGACUUGAGUUGGCCAGUUAACUUGUGUAUGAGCUGUGUUGUCAUAAGGAACUGAUAUGGUCUGUACAGUGCACUUUACAUUGAUGUUGAGUAUGAUUGAUUGUUUCUGUGAAACUUGUGUAAGUAGUGUCCCAUUCUCAACGUAAUGUUCAGUGUAAUGCCAGAUAUACUCACCUCAUUGUUAUAUGUAAAGCU